AUGCCGCCGCCGCUCGCCGGCCAAACUCCGGCGCGCUCUCCCCGCUCCAGUUCCUACCGGCUGGGCUGCCGCCCGGCAUACAGGACGACGACUCCCUGCCCCGCGCCAUGCGGCUAUCCCUCAUCGCCCAUUCACCGGCCGUGGGAGAAGCUGCUCGUCCACCGGAACCUCCAAGGUCGCCGCCGUGCGCGAGCUCCGCCAACCGCCUCGCCGGCGUCUUUGCGGGGUCGCCGGACGCCAUGGACGCGGCAGCUAGCGCCUAAUGGGGUGCGUCCACGACCUGCAGGACUAAUCCCCACCUCCACGCGGCCGUCCAACAACACCUCUCGUCUCGCCACCCAAAGCUGUUGUUGUCUAGACAACCCACCUCGUGAGUUCACCGCGGUAGCGUGCGAUGGCAUCGGGUGGCCUUCUUCUUUGAGUCUGUGGUUUUUGGUGCACAUGUGUAUGCGGUCAUGUCACCCAGCUGCUGCUACUGGCGAUGGCUCUGGUGGCUCAGCUGCUGUUGGGCUGGCCAUAGCCUCCGCUGCCCAGAAGCGUGAGGGAUGCCAUGUGCCAAGCAAAGACAGGAUGGGGAAGGCUGCUGGUUGUAUUGCGUCACACAAGAGAACUGUCUUACAAGGUUCGUAA